CGCGUAUUUAAUGUUUAGGAGCUGGUCAUUGUUACUAAGCUAAGAUCUUCUCUCUGUGUAGCGCUGGUUGUCAGAUUUCAUUGUAAACAACGUGUUAUCGUUAGCAUUCGUGCUAGCUGUUCAAUACGAGUGGAUUCUUCAUUUAUAAUUUAGCCCUCCACCGUCCCACAGUCUUCAUCACAAUGACCAAGCUUCUGGAGUGGCUUCUUGGUGUGUCGCUGAUUGGCGUGGCAUGGGGACUCUUUACCUUUGACCUCCUUGAUUUGCAGUUGCCUCCCCAGUGUAGAGAGCUGGCUUGGCCCAUGCCUGUAUAUCUGCUGGUGGUGUUUGGGUGUUAUUCACUGGCAACUGUCGGCUACCGCGUGGCCACAUUUAAUGACUGCGAGAACGCGGCCAAAGAGUUGCAAGCACAAAUAAAAGAAGCCAAAGAGGAUUUAAAGAAGAAGGGACUGAAGAUGUGAGAAUUACAUCUUGGCAAACAUAGUCUCAUUGUUUGUUUACUUUGUGGCGUCUGUACUACAAUAUGCACUCAAAACUACAGCUCAAAACUUUGUUCAAGUCUUUUUUUCAACAUGAUAUAAAUAAUAGUUUGAAAUGUAAACACCUGCACACCUGUGAAUGAUCUAUUUCCAGCAUUAUGACAGUCUUAUUUUAAACAUUACAGGCGCAUGGAUGUAUUGUCAAUGGAGAGCAGAACAAUUUCUGUACAGCCUCCAGAGUGUGUGUAUUUGCAUUGGCCAGGGAAUGAAUACAUCUUUCUUGAACCAGUUGUUUUUAGGGAGUCAGAAUUCUGAGUCAGACUUAGAAAUGAAUCCACUGUGUAGAUUUGCGGUUGCACAAGGACAGCAUUUCAGUAAAUCACAUGACUUAAAUUUUGAUUUAAAAUAUAAAAUAAUAGGACUGUGUUCACAUCACACAAGGUUGUCCUUUUUACCUUAAAUUAAGGUUAUGAGCAUUUUUUUUUUUUGUAAUUGGAGUACUGUAAGUGUUAUAAGUACAACCAUCUAAUGUGAAUAUUACAGGGUCCUAAUAAAAGAAGUGGCCUAUAUAGGGGUUUUCACACUUGAAAUAAUUAAUCCUGUGUCAUCUUAAAGCCCAGGUAAACAAAAUCCAGGGUUAUUUUGCUUUGUUUCACACAGCUCAUAAUUUGCCCGAAUUAAAAAUGAAUGCUGUUUAUUCAUAAACUGACAUGUCACACUGUGCA